UCUGUUUUGCCGAGAGCGCCGCUCUGCGCAUGCGCUCCUCUGGAGUUUAGGGUGGGAGAGUUAGCCGUUAGCCGUGACAGCUAACCGACCGGAGUGUGUAAUGGCGGCCUCGGUGUUGCUGGGGUCUGGCGACAACACCGGACACAACUUCACGGUUGGAGGCGGCAGCAGCGGCGGCGGCACCGGGAAUGUUUUAGGCGGGAAUAAUAACGGGCUGGGAGCGGCGGGUCUCGCGCCCUGGAACCGUUCUCUGGACCGCGCGCUGGACGAAGCCUCGGCCACCGGGAGCCUGAAUCUCAGCGGCAGGAAGCUGAAGGAGUUCCCCCGGAGCGCCGCUAACCACGACCUCACAGACACCACCAGGGCCGACUUGUCUCGUAACCGUCUGUCGGAGCUGCCUCUGGAGGUGUGUCUCUUCGUGUCUCUGGAGAGUCUGAACCUUUACCAGAACUGUCUCCGGUCUCUGCCGGACAGUCUGCUCAACCUGCAGGCUCUCACCUGCCUCAACCUCAGUCGUAACCAGCUGUCUGUCCUCCCGGUGGUGGUCUGCAGUCUUCCUCUGAAGGUUUUGAUCGCCUGCAACAACAAACUGGUUUCUCUGCCAGAGGAGCUGGGCCAGCUGAGACACCUCACUGAGCUGGAUGUGAGCUGUAAUGAGAUCCAGACUCUGCCGUCUCAGGUGGGUCAGCUGGAGGCUCUCAGAGACCUGAACAUCAGGAGGAACCACCUGGUCCGCCUGCCUCCAGAGCUAGCUGACCUCCCAUUGGUGCGUCUGGACUUCUCCUGUAACAAGGUGACCUCCAUCCCCGUCUGUUACCGGCAGCUCACUCAGCUACACACCAUCGUCCUCGACAACAACCCUCUACAGACCCCACCUGCACAGAUCUGCAUUAAAGGGAAGGUCCACAUAUUUAAGUACCUGAACCUGGAGGCCAGUAAGACGACCCCGGACCUCCCAGACUACGACAGACGGCCUCUAAACUUCAGCUCCUGUGUGGAUGAGCUGUACCCCGGCCGGCCGUACGGAGCGCUGGAUUCUGGUUUCAACAGCGUCGACAGCGGAGACAAGAGAUGGUCGGGGAACGAGCCUACAGAGGAGCUGUCCGAGCUGCCCCUGAGAGUAGCAGAGAUCAGCCGAGAUCAGAGACCGAGAGCUCCGCUGGCCAACGGCACGCAUGUGGAGUCGGAGCAGAUAGACUACAUAGACAGCUGUGUGGGAGAGGAAGAGGAGGAGGAAGGGAGGAGUAGAGCCAGUGGCAGCAGGGACAGCGCCAGCCUGAGCUCUCAGUUCAUGGCCUACAUCGAGAGACGCAUCACCAGAGAGGGUUCUCCAGGAAAAACCAACUCGAGGACAGAAGACACGAGGAGACACAACAGGAGUGUUGUGGAUGGUGUAACAGCGCCCUCCGGUGCCCAGAGCCAGAGAGGUGUUCUUGGUGUAGGGGGGGUGGAGAGGAUGAGGAGGGAGGCUCAUCUCGCUGCUCUGAGGUACGACGAGGAGAGACAGAAGAAUCGAUCUCUGCAGAGAGACAACGUCACCAGCUACACCAAGCAUAAAGCAGCUGUGAGUCCAGACAGUGAGAACGUCUACCCCUCCAGACGCUCCACCCACACAGAUGACUCCGCCCUCUUCAUGGGAGAGGACCGAGCAGCGCUGUCUCCCACAGCCAAUCAGUCGCCUUCGUACCCGUCCUCAGGGGGCGGGGCUUCCUGUCGGACGUCUGCCCUGCGACCGGAGAGCUUCCUGUUCCGUCUCAAUCAGAAAGAGGAGAAGAGGAAAGGUGAUGCUGUGUCUCAGCCUCCAGCUCCUCCUCCUCUGAUUGGAGAAGAUGCUGAACGGGUGGAGAUGCUCAGAAAGAAUAUCGAGGCUCGUCUUAAGGUGUCGUUGCCUAGCGACCUUGGAGCAGCUUUGACAGACGGCGUGGUGCUCUGUCACCUGGCCAAUCACGUGAGACCUCGGUCCGUCCCCAGCAUCCACGUCCCCUCCCCCGCCGUGCCUAAACUCACCAUGGCAAAAUGUCGGAGAAACGUUGAGAACUUCCUGGAGGCGUGUCGCAGGAUCGGUGUCCCACAGGACGGCCUGUGUUCAGUGGGGGAGGUUCUGGCGGGAGAAGGUGGCGGCCGGGUGUACGGGACGCUGGGCGCGUUGCUGUCCAUGGCCCCGCCCCCGAGCAGCCCCUCCCCUCGCUUCCAGCUGGCGGGCUUCGCCCUCUUCUACCUGUCCGUCAUGUCGCUGCUCUGUGCCAUCUACGUGCACCUGGCACCACACGUCUGAACCCCCACCUGAGAACGAGACGCCACAGAGACAGUUAGGGGUGUGAAUCACACACCAUACGGUAUCACAUAGUUUCUUCAGACAACCAUACUAUACUUAUAGGGCAAGGUAUCGGCAAGGAUUUUCCAAAUUGAUUCGAUUCCUAUUCACAAGGUCCCGAAUCGAUUCAAUAUCAGUUAACAUUUCAGCUACGAACCCAAUAAAUGUUGGAUAUAAAGGAGACGAUGUUCCCUCUGACCUGCUGCAGUGGUUAAGCUGUGGUGUGUAAUGUUGUGAUAUUAAUGAACGUCCGUUACAUUCAAGUCAAAUGAGUUGCUACAGAGUUAAUUAAGACCAUCGGCUCCACACAACUCUCUCUGGAUCUCUCAGGAUGGUCAGAAGAGUGUUAGUCUGGUUAGUCUGGCUAUCACCAGACCAAGCUCCAUCCUUUAAGAUUGAACAUGAGUCCGGGGAGUCUGCUCUCUAUUCUCUACUGCACAAGAGGCUGGAUCAACGGGCAUAUAGUUCAAAUGAGUCAGUAACUCAUCAGUCAGUCCUUCCAGAAAAAUGUGGAGUUUUUUUGUGAUUGUUGUGGGCAGAAAUCCUUGAUUGGAAUA